AUGAACAUCCAAUUGGAGACAGCUUCGUACCGUAACAGCCUGGAGAGCGGACAAACUGACCGAGUGAUCCUCGUGCAAUCGCGUACCAAACGGUCAUCUUACCCACGGCAAUCUUUUGAACGCCGCUAUCAGUUGCAGGAUUUUUGGGCAGCACUAUCUGGCAACAGCCGAGCAACAGCAGUUCGAACACGAACAACAAACUUGAGGAGCGCCAAGUGGCCUCGACUCGGCGCAUUGCUUGCAAUUCACCGUAUUUGAGCCCAAUCGCGAACGAGUCGCCCACCACACUCGCCAUGUCCAGUACAGAUUUACCAACGGCGCAGAUGGCGCAAGCGCUUGUUGAUUUCACAAUCCAGGGCUCGUUCCCGGAAGAGAAUGUUUCGUCACUCCCACUCGACGCCGAAUCCCUACCGACAGCAAUCAAGGCACUCGCGGACGCCAAGGCGAAGCUUCAUGCCGAGAUACACGCGAUCAACGAGGAGACGGCCGACGACGUGCGAACAUGGCAAGCGAAUGCGCAGUCAGUCCAGGACGACAUUCUCCGCUCCAAAGCACUUGCGGCUGAGAUUGUAAAGGCGUCCGAGGCUCCUGCCGUGCCAGGGCGCACAAUAGGAGAGAUCGAAGCCAAGGCCGACUUUCUCAUCCGCGAGCUGAACUACAACGCCCAAGUCCAGGAGGCGCUCAAGGGUAUUAGGAAAGUGAACCGUACACUGGACGAAGUUGAGCAGGCCCGCGAUGAACGCCGCAUCUUAGAUGCCCUCCAUCUGCUUGAAAAAUCAUGGAAGCAAAUCGAUGCCAUUGGAGUGAACCGAUCCUGUCGUGCUAUCAAGCUACUCGACAUAAGGGCAUUCGAGCUCAAGUCGGAUGUGCAUGAUGUCUUUGACCAUGUGUGGAAUUCGCUCAUCAAAAUCGACAUUGAUAACCAGAGGUUAUCCAUAAGUAGCGAUCAGAAAGACGAGCCUAUGAGCCUCAGGGAUGCAGUGGUGGGCUUGAAGGCAUUCAAAGAGGUCGACCAGCGGACAACCCAACUCUGGCAAGACAUCAACCAAGCCAUCAUUCUCCCCAGGAUUGACAUCACCAAGGAGAUUAUACCAGGGAUUCACAUUGAAGAUAGCACUCUAGAACUUCGGGGUUCGGCAGACAAGUCAGUCCACGUUCUAUUUAGAGAUCUCGAGCAGACCUUUGCUUUCUUGGUUCAACGGCUGCCUCCGGAUCUCGUCGAAACCAUUUCCACCACCCUUCUACCCCAGACGAUACAUAUUGUCACAAGUGUCUGGCUUGAUUCAGCCGUCCCAUCGUCACUUCAAGAUAUGGACGAGUUUCAAGAUGUCGUCAAGGCUGCCAGAUACUUCUGCGCCAGGUUAAAGGACCUUGGCUUCACUAAUCUUGGCAGUUUCCAAGAAUGGACGGUGAACGCUCCGAAAAUCUGGCUUUCGAAAUGUAGGGAAGCAGCGCUGGAUUCCGUACGGACCAAGCUCUCACAAGGCCUUGGCGCACCAAAGCGGGUAGAGAAGGUCGAAAAGCAGAUGGUCUCAAAGUCGGAGGGCAAACAGCUGGUUGCCACCGGUGCCAUGACUUCUGCCGACGAUGGUGGCUGGGACGCGUGGGAUGAUGGGGAGCAGACGGGCCCUGAAGAGGCAACGAAUGGUGCCGCAGAACAAGCAUCACAGGACGACGAUGACGGCACCGAUGCGUGGGGCUGGGGUGAGGAGGAAGCCACUGCGGAGGAGCACAAGGACGAGCCGAAGGAGCAGCCUCAAAAGAGCAAACCUGAGGAUGAAGAUGACCCAACGGAAGCAUGGGGCUGGGGUGAAGACGGCAACACUGGUGAAAUUGAAGCCCCUGGAAGGCACCACACGGCGACACGAUCCGAGCCAGAAACUAGGGAGCUGGUUCUGAAAGAGUCAUACAGCAUAUCUACUUUGCCGGAGCCAAUUCUGGAAUUGAUCUUCGCCGUCGUCGAGGAUGGCGCGGCGUUAACUCGGGACGCCUACGCGAACAGCCCAGUCGCAGCCCAGGCAGCGGGAUUGUUCAGUCUUCCCACGCUUGCCUUGGCCAUGUUUAGGGCCGUUUCACCCCAUUACUACUCUCCCGGAAUCGGCGGCAACAUGUACCUCUACAACGACUCUUGCUACCUCGCCGAGCGGCUAGCAGACUUCUCCGCUGCUUGGAAAACCCGCGACGACAUCAGUACGCGAGCCCAAGCCAUGCUCCGCCUUGACAACGACAUCAAAUGCCUCCAAAGCUUCGCCAACCGCGCCUACACCAACGAGCUAGCCAUCCAAAAGACCGUCCUGCGUGACCUCCUCGGUGGUUCACAAAACCUCAUACACCAGUCUGACACGACGUCAUCCGUCUCGGCGGCCACAUCUCACGUGCGCUCGCUCGCCACCGCCUGGGAGAGUAUCCUUGCCCGCUCUGUCUGGCAACAGGCCGUCGGUUCCCUCGUCGACGCCGUUGCGGCCAAGAUGAUCAGCGACGUCAUGGACCUGCCGUCCAUUGGCCAGGACGAGGCGUACCACAUUGCCGAACUGAUCGCGUCGGUCGAAGAGCAGCUGGACGAGUUGUUCCUACCGAGCAGGUUGUUUCCGCAGCAGCAGCAGCAGCAGCGGGAAGGAAGUGAAGAGGGCGAGGUCCCCCUGACGGCGCAGUUCGCGGGGAACUGGUUACGGUUGAAGUACCUUAGUGAGGUCCUGCAGAGUAACUUGAGGGAUGUGAGGUUCUUGUGGCUCGAGGGGGAGCUGAGUCUGUACUUUACGGCCGAGGAGGUGGUGGAUCUGGUCAGGGCUAGCUUUGAGGAUAAUGUCAGGACUAGGGAGGUGAUUAGGGAGAUUAGGGCGUAUCCGGUGCCCCGCGGGGAGGAAGGGACAUGAGCUGGUAGGGCUGGGCGAUCGGGGGUUGAGUAGCGUUGGGGAAGUUAGAGGGUUUCACAGUCGAUUUCGUCGCUACCACAUUGUCUUCUGGCAAAUUGUGGUGUUGUUGUUGUGAUUGUGUCCAUGAGCAUCAAGCUCGCUCACGUUCCAGUGCUGGUCGGUUAUUUACCUGGGGUAUCUGCCACCGAGUCAGCUGAUGCGUAUAGAGUCCAAGUACGUGUUCUCUAAAAGUCAUGCUUGGAGUCGCGCCG